ACAAAUAAACUAACCCCGAACCCCACAAGUGAAUGGUAACCUUGAUAACUAUGGCAAUUAUCAGCCCUAUCAGGAAAUCAAAGUUUAAAUUUUUGUUUCUUACUUUAAAACGAAAUACAUGAAAAUACUUUCUACAAAAUUUCGACGAUUUAUUAAAAUGAUGUAUCAAACUGAAGUUAUGCAAACCAAAUUGUGCUGAAGCAGCUGAAACAUAAUGUUGCUUACAAAUAUUUAUUAUACUGGUUCACAAUGGAUACUACAAAAAUAUUAAUAAAUAUUAAUGGUGACCAAAUUGAUUUUCAUCUCUUAAAGUUGGCAAUUGAUUGUGCUAAAACAGGUAAGCAGGUUUGGUUUUUUGCUCCAAAGGUAUUUACCUCUUUACCAAGAGAUCUAGGAUUUCCUGAUCAACAAAUUUUAAAACUUAUAAGGUUUUUUUACCUAAAGGAUUGUUUUGAUUUAUUAAAACAUUUAAGUGAGAUUCAAUCAUGGAUGCAAGUUCCUACUAUUUUGAUUGUUUAUAGGUUUAAUUGUUAUAUUAAACAUGAUUACCUUGUGGCUGGUUACUUAAUGUGCCAUUUGCUAGAUGGGAUCAGUCAUUGUGCCAGAAGGAUUGCAUCACAAUGUUAUUUGAUAUUAGGCUGUGAUAAUAUAAAUAAUGACAAUAAUAUAUUACAGAGAUUAGUAGAUUUAUAUAUUGAUCAUUUACUAGAUAUUGAAGAGAUAUAUCAAGUUUAUAAUAUUUUAAAGUUAGAAUAUUAGAUUGUGUUGUCCAAACUGUGAAUAUGUUCAUUUGUUUAAUUGAUUUGGUUUGUGUAUUUUAUUUUUUGUUUUACAUAUGAAAAGAAAUAAAUGAGAAUUAAAAAAAUCGUUUGUUGUUUGCACUUACUAACCAUCCCAUCCCAAAGUAAGGUUAAAAUUACUGAUGUCAAUUGAAAUCAGUGAAAAUUUUAUUUAAGUAAAGUGGCCGCAUAAAUCGGGCGUAUUGAAAAGUAAAGAGAUGGAAACAAUGCAUCCAUUAUGUUGGCAACUUAAUAAAGGCCUACCCCUUAAUGAUCAAAGGAAGUGUGACUUGGGUGUAUAUUCAAUGAUAUGUUUUGAUAAUCAAGUAGAAAAUUUUGUUCAUUGGAAAGAAUCAAUCCACAGAAAACAAUUGAUUAAAGAAAUGACAAUAAUGUUUCCCCAGUAUGUGCCAGAUGCAAUAAAACAAAUAAUUAGAAAUAUUCCCUUGCACAUCAAUGCACAGUAUGCUAUUUUAAAAGCCAUUGCAAGUGGUUGCCAUUGUCCUUCAUUCAGGUUGGAUGCUAUGAAUCUUCCACUUGUAACUAAUAAUGUUGAGAAGCAUGAUGAUGAAAUUGAAAAUAAUUUGUUGGAUUUGUUUGACACAUUUCCAGAACCAGUCAAUGAGGAAAUGCCACAAUUGCCAUAUAUAAAUAAUCCAAAUUUAUAUGUGUCAGAAAGGAUUUCAGAUACUGAUCAAAUCAAUAUGAAUAAUCAAACAACACCAGAGGCUGGUCCAUCUGGCAUUUCUUAUACUAAUAUAAAAUCAAAUAAUAUACCAGUAAUUUCUGUUGCGAAUGACCAACCAGGACCAAGUACUUCAAUAUUAAAGCAAAGAAUUGAUACCAUUGAUAUACCUCAAGCUGUAGGAUCUCCAAAUUCAGGAAUUUCUGACCUUAAUGAUAUUCCUUGGGAUGAUUUUCUGGAUGGUGCAAUUGAUUUAAGACCAGCAGUUCCAGAAACUAAAAACAAUUUUCCAGAAACAACAGGUGGAGUGGCCAAGAUCUCACAGAAAAGACCGAGUUCUUCUAAUUCAGAAAAAUCAGCCGGUCCGCCAGCAAAAGCGUCGAAGCAUUCACAAGCUCAUUCGUCAAAUUGUAAUGCCUUGGGACCAGUUAUUGUCCUAGAUCAAAUUAGCCAAGCAUCUGUUCAAAAACUAAUUAACACUCUGUCGGAAAUUUUCCCUGAUUGUCAAAUUAAUUUCUUGGAGAAGUUGUGUCGUGAAAAAGAAUACAGUACCGCAAAUGUUGAUAUCAUAACAGACCAAUUGUUAACACAAGACUACCCAAAAAAAGAGAAGGAAGUUUCAAUUAAUUUUGAUGAGCAAUUGGAAAUAAUGAUGAAUGUUCUGCCCGAUGCAGAUCCGGAAUACUUGUCGAACGAAUUAACGAUGAUGCAGAAUAGCGAGGAAUUGAAGUUGUUCAUAAGCGAAGCAUUGGAGUUCCGCAACUAUCCAAAAUUGGAAGAUGUUGUCAGAAAGAAGCAAAUAAGUGCACAAGUGAAGCAGUAUACAACGGACUUCAAUCCUGUUGAUUUUUUGAAACUUAUACCAGACCCAGAGACGUAUUUUGAUAGAAAAACGUUUCGGGCUGGAGUUUUAGAUGAUGAUGUACAAACUAGAUACGCCGUCCAUUACUUCCUGAGAAAUCACUUUUCCAAAUUAGGUUUGAAAAUGAUUUCUUCCGUUAUGGAAAAUUCAUCCACAAUCUUAGAAGUGGUUGAAAAACUUGAUAAUUGUAUGAAAACUUCAAAAGGAAUAAUCCAUUCCAAGCGGAAGCGAAUUGAAACACAAAAUAACAAUAUUCCACUCCUUCAAUUAUUCGCCUAUAUUACGCAUAAACGUUUGAUUGAACGCACAAAGGAACAAUUAAAAAUUGAUGCAGAAAAAAGAAAACAAGAGGCUAUAGACAACAAAGAAGUAAACACAUGCGGUUGCUGUUUCGACGAGGAGGUGAUGCGUGAGGACAGCUUCUGUUGUACUAAUGGGUGUUUGUUCUGCAAGCAAUGUAUUAGGCAAAGCGCCGAAAUACUUUUUGCUGAAAAUAAUUUGGCGUUUCCGUGUUUGUUGCGCUGCGGUGCAGAUUUCACACUGGAGAUAUUACAGGCUUGCCUGACACCAAAAAUAUUUUGUAAAAUUGCAAAGCGUAAGCAGUUGGAAGAGGUGAAAGCAGCCGGUAUUGAAGAUUUAGAAAUCUGCCCUUUCUGUGAUUUUGCCUCUAUACCAUCCGCGGCUGAUAAAGUGUUCAAAUGUUUGAAUCCAGAGUGCAUGAAAGAGACGUGCAGAUUGUGUAAGGAACCAUCUCACAUUCCUUUGCGUUGUGAUGAGGUGGAAAAAGAUCACGAUGUCAAGCAGCGUGUAUUCGUUGAAAAUCAAAUGACCGAAGCAUUGAUGAGAAAAUGUUGGAGGUGUCAACUAAAAUUCAUCAAGUCUGAUGGUUGCAACAAAAUUACCUGCCAGUGUGGAGCGACUAUGUGUUACAUAUGUAACCAGUCAAAAGUUGAGUAUAAUCAUUUCAACGGGUUGGGAGGAAAAGAAUUCCAAAAAUGUCCAUUAUAUUCGAACACCGACUUAUUGCAUGAACAAAAUGCCAUAAAUGGCGGGUUACAAGCCAAAAAGCAAUUGGGCGUAGAUUCCUUAAAGGUUGAUCCUUUAGCGGAUGCUGAAAUGCGAAUAGAUCACGCGAAAAAAACGUACACGAAGAGGCCUGGAGAACAUUAGGGAUAUAUAUGUAUAAUUAUUAUGAUUAUUAUUUUUGUCUACUUUAUAUUUUGUUAUAUUAUAUGUAAAUCAAGUAUUGCCAUUAAAUAAUUUUUUAAUUCUA